AUGAGGAAUCUCCCGGUUGAUAGGUACCUUCUAGCUGUCUUGAAAAUGAAGGACGUGCAAGGGAACCGCAUCCAACACCUCGUGCUCUUGCUGCUUGGCUUUCUGGUCCCUCAAUAUGGGGCUGCCUUCACUCUCAGCGAUCUCCAACAGCUCACAACGGGCAGUCUCCUCACCCAAACCUCGAUUGACCUUUGCUUUGAACAAGGUCCAACGACGUCACCAUCUGUGCCCCUUAGUGGGGUGUUGCCUGCCGAGCUUGGCACUCUGACAAACCUCACCAUUUUGCGCCUGUGCGGUUUCAACCUCUCCGGUGACAUUCCCCCUGACAUUGGGAAGCUGGUAAACCUCCAGGAACUGAAGCUGGAGGCUAACAAUUUGACGGGGGGGAUCCCUCCGGAGCUGGGCAAUCUUACAAAGCUGGCGCUGCUAGAUUUGGCACAAAACCGCUUGUCUGGUGCCAUCCCAAAAGAGCUGGCAAGCUUAACACAACUACGGGUCCUGAAUCUGCAGAACAACCGGCUCAAUGGGAGUCUGCCUCCUGAGCUUGGGGGGUUAACGCGCCUCACCGAGUUAACCCUCCAAUAUAACCAACUCUCAGGGCCCAUUCCGUCCGCACUGGGGAACAUGGUUAGCUUAACCAACUUCUACGCUUGGAACAACACCCUCUCUGGGCCCAUCCCUUCAGAGCUUGGCAACAUUGCAGGGUUAACAAACCUGCUCCUUCAUAACAACUCCUUAACCGGACCCCUCCCCUCUAGCCUCGGCAGGUUGAGCAACCUCCAAACCCUGGUCCUCGAGCGAAACAAUCUUUCGGGGCCGUUGCCCGCAACAUUCGGCGCUCUCAAGAGCCUCGUGCUUCUCAGUUUCAACCGUUGCUUCCUUACGGGGGGCAUUCCUCCGGAGCUCGGUAAUCUGACCCUAUUGAGGGAGCUCUACCUGCUUCGCAACUCGCUCACGGGCCCGAUCCCCCCUGAACUGGGCAAACUUCCAAGCGUAACUAUCUUACGUUUGAACGACAACCUUCUCACGGGAGCGGUCCCUAUAGAGCUUGCCAACCCCCCCCUGCUCAUGGCACUUUCCAUAUACAACAACAAUCUCACCGGAACCGUUGCCCCUGAUCUCGUAACCCGUUUCAAACCCGAGAACAUAUUUGUAGGGAAUCCGGGUCUCAGCAUAGCAUCCGCAAAUCCACCCCCAGCAAACAGCCCACCAACCAUUCCCCCCGCAAAUUUCAGUCCCCCCCUGCCCCCGCCGUCGUCUCCCUCACCCCCAACAGGUAUCAUUGCCGGGAUCGCUGCGGGCGCGGUCUGUGUUGCUCUCGUUGCUGCGUUGCUUUGGGGGCUCAAGUACUGCCGGGGCAAGCGGAAGGCAAAACCCGAUCCCGGUGAAAAGUCUCAAAUGUCAUCAAGUGACCAUUGGAGGGUCUCUCAAGGGCCCCCUGCCGAGAGGCAGUUCACACUUGUGGAGCUGAGUGCGGCGACGGGAGGCUGGGCCGCAAAUGCUGUGGUGGGAACGGGCUCCUUUGGGGCGGUCUACCGGGCAGUGCUACCUGACGGGGGGGUGGUGGCAGUGAAACGACUCACGAAGGGGGCCGACGUGGAGGACCAAUCUUGGCGCGCGGAGUUGUUGACGCUCAGCCAAGUGCGUCACAAGAACCUCGUGCGAUUGUUCGGGGCGGUUGCGGAAGGAGGGGAACGGCUGCUCGUUUUCGAGUACUUUCCCGAAGGCAGUCUUGCGAUGCGGCUGCAGGCCGCUCGGAAGGGGGAGGCCGCGCGGGCUUUCCCGUGGGGUUUGCGGAUGGCAGUCGUUGCUGACGUGGCACGGGCUCUGGCCUACCUGCACCAUGACGUCCACCCCCCGUUUGUGCACCGUGACAUCAAGGCCGGGAACGUUCUGCUCCGGGAGGGGGGCGGCGGCGCGUGCAUCGCAGAUUUUGGGCUAGCGCGCUUGUUGCCGGAUGCAACGGUGGGCUCUUCGUCUGCGAUCAAGGGGACGCUGCGUUACAUGGCGCCAGAGUAUCUGCAAGGGGGAAGCCGGUACUUGAGCACAAAAUGUGACGUGUACAGUUUCGGGGUGUUGCUUUUGGAGCUUCUCGCAGGGCGAACAGUGGCGGAGCGGUGGGCCGGGACGGACAAGCCGUUGGUCGAGUAUACGGCGGGCUUGGUGCGCAACGGGAGGGGCCUGGAACUGUUGGACUGCGACGAUUAUGACGUGGACGAGGCGCAGUGCUGUAUACGUAUUGCGCUCGAGUGCUUGCAGAGGGAUCCCUCUGCGCGGCCCACGAUGGAGCGGGUCAGUUUGCAGAUUAGGGCAGCAGUAAGAACUAGGACGAGCGAGGUCGAGAACGAGAGCGGUCUGGCCGACGGCUGGGAGGAUCAAGGAAUCAGGAGCGGCAGCUCGUACACUCAAACCUCAACUUCGUCAAACUCGUUGCACUACAAGUUUGUGGACGGCCGAUAAAGAAGGCAUUAGCCUACGCACUUUGAUAAUUAAGUUCUUACAUUUUGUGGAACAAUUGCUGCACUUCCAUGCAGUUCGAGGUAUCGGCGGACCCUAAAUGUGCUGCAGGUCCGGGCA